AUGGAUGAGAAUGAUGUUUUGCGGAAUAUUGGUGUGGAUUGGGAAUUCUGGAAGGAACAAGGCAGAAAAUUGUUAUGGGUAUGUUUAAAAUUGUACAGGGUCCCAGAAAUGUUUUUCGUGAAAACAAAAAUAUUAAAUUUUUCUAAUGUGAAUCAUCGUUUUUUUCCCAGCAGAAUAAUUUUAUUUGUUUGUUCGUAUCAUUAUAAUGAUCGCUAUUUACGAUUCUCUUCCAAGAAAUUGGAAAAAAUUCACAUUGGUGGGAAAGGCUAUUGUUGUAAAAGUAUCAAUCAAUAAUAUUUCAGGUAAUCGUUUCAUUCUUCUUCUUCCGCGCUCUUCAAUUUGCUUCUCGUUGGUAUCUUUUCGGAAAAUGGACAUGGCCAACUUUUUUCAUUUUUCGGCCUUCGACAACAACCACAAAAUGUUCCAUCAGAUAAUACAGAAACCAGUCGAUCUGCUGAAGAUUCUCGAGAUCUUUCAGCAAUUCCGCCGAAUAAAAAAUGGAGAAUUUCGAACGAAAUAGUCUCUUUGAUUCAUUCAAUUAUCUCCGGCGCAUGGGCUGCUUAUUCAUUACUUAUUUAUAAAGAAUUGAUGACAGAUUUGAUUGAUUAUCGCUGUGAAGUUGCCCUAAACUUGGUGAGUUUUUUUGUCAAUUAUAAUGUGAUUUCAUUUAUUUUCAGAUCUACGUCUCUACGGGUUAUCUACUUCACGAUCUAAUUGAUUUACUAGUCAACGAACAAUCAGCCAGAAUCAUCGAGCUUCUUUUCCAUCAUGUUGUUGUUCUUUCCGCAUUCGCUGUAACAAUUGUAAGUUUCUUCCAAAAAUUGUCAAUUAACAACAAUUUGAACAUAUUCAGUUUGUCGGUCGUUUUCUCGGUGUCGUUAUUUUCGGUCUUCUCAUGGAGCUCAAUUCAAUUUUCCUUCAUUCUCGAAGUCUUCUCAAUCUUUUUGGCGUCGAUAAAACUGCCCAAUCUUUCCGUAUUAUUGCAUUGUGCAAUAUGGUAACUCUGUUCCUUUUCCGUCUUUGUGUCUCUGGUUAUUUGUUAUAUUUCGUUAUUUCAACAAUUCCGGAUGUUCCAUGGUGGCAAUCUUUGGUAAAUGGAUUGGUUAUACUUUCAUUAGGAUCAACAAAUACUGUUUUGACUUAUCGAUUGUUGGCAGCAGAUGGAUUAUUAGGUAAGAAUUUUGAAUUUUAUGGUUUAUUUUUCAGAAAACAAAUUAAUUCAGGCAAAAAUCGUCAACGUAAAUCACCCGCAACAACUGGUUUAACAAAUAUUGAAGAUGGAGAUGAGGUAUGUUGCCUUCUGUAAAGUUCAGAAUCAUUUUGAUAAUCUAUUUUUCAGAAUCAUCAUACAGUAGCUGUGCAAACAGGCAAUGCAACCGUACCGCUUGUAGUUUCAGACGAUGCUACACAAACCGUCUAA